AUGCGGCAACUCUGCGUUCGUUCGCUUCGGCUGUGUAAGCAGCUUCCAAACUCUCCGAUCACGUGGCUCUUCCUGGUUCUUCUCGGUUCCAUGGCUGCAGCCUACGGUUUACUGGUCGACAACUGGGUCCGGGCGCUCUUCAAGUUCCGUCGUGCGCUCAUCGAGUCUGUGGGGCCCGACUCGUUUGCCGGGUUUCUAUGCUGGCUAUGCUGGUGUGUUACAAUGGCCAUGCUCGCGACUUGCUGCGGUUAUUUCAUCUCUCCAGCGUCCGAUGGCUCUGGGAUCCCCGUUAUGCGUGCCUUGUUUGCAGGGGUGUACCAGAACCCGGGAGACAUGCUGUCGUUCCGCACUCUCGUCGCCAAGUCGCUAAGCACCGUGAUCGCGUCGGGUAGUGGCUUGUCCAUCGGUCGAGCAGGUCCAUUCACCCACCUCAUGGCUAUGGUCGGCUACCUCAUGAAUAAAAUGGCUCUGUUCCGUCGCGUCAACUUUGGCCAGGAGAACUACAAUUUCAUUCGAGCAGCUGUGGCUUGUGGCACGACUGCCAACUUCGGUGCCCCGCUGGGUGGUUUGCUCUUCAGUAUUGAAGUCACGGCCAAGUACUACGAGAUCAAGUGCUUGUGGGAAGGCAUUAUCUGCUCCUCCGUGUGCAUUUUGGUCUUCAACGUCAUCACAUUUAUCAAACGAGACGUGCUUUUCGAGCGCACCACGUUCGCUGGUUUCGAUAUGGACUACGAGAUCUUCGCCUUCGUGCUGUUAGGAGUCGUCACUGGCAUUGGCGCCGGGAUCUUCUGUCGCCUCGCUGUGGUGCUUCGAUGGGCGCAAAUGAGGUUGUUCGCCAAGCUUGGUCUGAAUGGACCCUCCCUCAAGCGCCGAACAGUCCACAUCGUCUCGAUUUGUGUGGCGUCGACGAUCUUGACGUAUCCUCUGGGCAUCAUGCGCCUGUCGGAUCGGUCGAUUGUCAACGAAGUGUUCCGUGACCAGAAUCUGAGCUUCCCACAGUGGAAACAGAUCUCAGAGUACCCACAAGUGACGCUCUUCGUCUACAUUAUCCUCAAGUUUCUGAUCUCUCUGCUGCCGUGUGGAGCGCCGAUCUCUGUGGGCGUCUUCGGGCCUCUGUUCGCAAUCGGUGCGGCAGUUGGUCGACUGUACGGAGAGACUCUCAUGAGAUACUGGAAUCCAACACAGUCGCCAGCGACGUACGCAGUUGUGGGGGCCGCUUGCUUUGCAGCGUCGGCUACCCAGACAGUGUCGACGGCUGUGAUUUUCUUUGAACUCACGUCUCAGUUGAGUCACAUGGUUCCCGUCAUGACGGCGUGUACAGUGGCGUAUUUUGUAUGCGGUGCUAUUUCGCCUUCCAUCUACGACAUCUUGGCGGGCUGGGCGGGGCUUCACUCCGUUUGCUACGACUUGAACGAGCAUGUUCUGAGUCAAAAGAUUGCAGUGGACUAUAUGAGUCCUGUGCCAGUUUUCUUUACGAGGGAGACGACGUACGACGAGGCAAUUCAAGCUCUGAAUACUCACAAGAAGGAGGAGUAUUUCCCGCUAUGUGACAGCACUGAGACUCAGCUACUCAUCGGAUGCAUUCGACGCUAUGAUCUUGAGAUUGCGGUUGCUCGAUUCAUUGCCGCACACCGGAAACAGAUGCCUGACGCCAAGGACCCAAACGUUUCGCUAAGAGUGCAGAAGUUAGUGUCAAAUAUUCUCGACAUUGACAAGAAGAAAAGCGCCAUGGUGGAGGAUUAUUCACUUGUCGAGUUCCAGCCGAAAGAUGCAACCUCGCUUUCGAGUCCGCUGGAGUUGGGUCCACCAUUUCACGAGUACGCCUUCACUUCGGUCCCUAUCGAGAGUUAUCCUCCUCAGGUAUCUGAGGAUGUGAACCUCUACCGGGUUCACAAGAUCGCUGCGAUGAGCGCGUGGACAAAAGUCUACGUAGUUCGACUCAGCAAAUUGCUGGGCGUGAUCAACCUCGAUUCGUCUCUCACCAUGCUACGCAAGGAGGAAGACAUGAUUAUGCUCGCCCCGUAG